AGAUGACAUCUCUGGUGGUUGUCUAAAAGAUGGCGACGCCCACGGUCAAAUUGGAAAAAUGCGAAGUUUGUGCUUCAAAUAAAGCAAAAUAUACGUGUCCGAAAUGUGAGGUUAGAACGUGCUGCCUCACGUGUCUUAACGUUCAUAAAAAGGAACUUGAAUGUAAUGGCAUUAGAGACAAAACAAAAUUUAUACCUCUACAUUCGUUUACUGAUCUUGAUUUACUUAGCGAUUACCGUCUGCUAGAAGAGAUUGGAAGAUCAGUAGAUAAAUUACACAGAGACCCAACAAAAAGGUACACGAGACAAGCUGUUCUACCUGUGCAUUUACAUCGGUUAAAAGUGGCAUUAUGUAAACGAGGUACACGAUUAGAAAUACUACCUCAACAUUUUAGUCGACAUAAAGAAAAUACAACGUUUUUGAACUGGAAAACUAGAGAACUAUUUUGGCGAUUACAAUGGAUUUUUCCCCAAGCAGAAAACAUUAACUGGUCAAAUCAUAGAGUAUCAGAAAAUGAGAGACUAGCAAGUGCAUUAGAAAAAGUACUGGAACCUAUCAGCGAAUCAAAUAUUGUAAACAAUGAAGAGCCUAAUGUUAAGGCAAUACUUUUUGAUAAAUUGCAAUAUUAUAGAGCAGCAGGAAUAGGACAUAUAAAGGUAUUAUUAAAAGCUGAAAAAUUGGAAAGGUCGGAUUCUAGGUUUUAUGAAUUAGAUAUGACGUUGACGUUUAAAGAUAAUUUUAAAGGGAAAACAAUAAUUGAAUAUCCAACCUUGUAUGUGAUUUUAUGGGAUCACAGGAACAUGUAUGAAAUUGUGGAUACUGAUGACGAAGAGGUAAAGACUGAAGAGGAGAGUGACAAGGUUGUAAGAAAUAAAAGAAAAAGGAAAGACAUACGUAGUUGUAUCAAUGAUAGGAAAAAAGAAAAUCCAAUCAAUUAUUUUUUUAACACCGAUUUCACGGAUUCAGAAACUGAAGAUACAAAUGAGAGUGAAGAGAGGAACAGAAAGCAUUCAAGACAAAAUCUAAGUAUACCAGACUAUAAUACAUUGGUAACAAUGAAGAAAUAAUAAUAUGCCAAAUA